AUGUCUUCACCAUUGAAAAAACUGAGCCACGCAGUAUCGCAUCGUCGUGAUUCUAGAAAAACUCGCGGGCGAGAUAGAGGCAGGUCCCUUUACGUGAAACAAUAUGAGCGGUACCUGGACGUUUUACAAAAAUAUUUCAAUGAAGUAAAUAAAAAAGACGUAACAAAUUCGGAGGAAGCCGAAUGGGGGAAUUUAGAAGGAUCUUUUGUAGGUAAUACUUUUUGGACUUCGGAUGAAAAACAGGGUUUUUUUCAUGGACUUGCGAGAUGUGGAAAGAAAAAUAUAGAUAGAGUAUCUUCGAUGAUUGGUAGCAAAAGCCCUUCGCAUGUUCAGCAUUACAUUGACGCGUUGGACACCGAAUUACGCUGGCUGAGAAACCAUGUUGAUUCUUCUGUUCGGAGUCAAUGUUUGAUCAAGUACGAGGACAUUCCUGCUGCUUGGGAAAUGAGUUUUGAAUGGAUUGACUGGGAGGAAGCUUGCUCUCAACGACUUAUCGACGCUUCGAAUAAAAUAGCCUCUGAGGACGGGGAAAAGGAAUCCUCUGUGAAUGUGGAAGCAAGUGGUGAAAACUCUGAUAAUGAGCCGCUGAAGCCACAAGACUUGUUUAACGUUCCUUUGAUGGAAAAACUAUGCUCUCAAUUGUACUAUAAUGAAACGUCUGGGCUGGACAAUGAAGAGAAAACAGAAAGUUUCUUAACUUCCUCGCUUUUAGAUGAUCUUUUAAAAAUAGUGAAGCAAAAGACAAAAGAAUUGGUUUUAAAUUCAGCUUUUCUGGCUGAGCUGCGAUUCGGAAAACUGGAGUCAAGCGCUGUGUUUCACCGACAGGCAUCUAUACGUUACCGAGAUGUAGAGCUGUCAACAAGAUUAUCUCGUUUUGAUCGUUUCAACAUUCCUGGAUUUUGGAAGUAUCUUCCUUUUCGUCAAAAGCUGAGGGUUUUAAAACAGAACAAAAGGCUGAAGCCACAAACAUUCAUUGAAAUUCUGAGCAAAGAUGAAGACUUCCUUCGCCAUCGACAAGGAAGAGCACGGUUAAGGAAAAAAAAUGACAUAGAUUCGGAAGAAGUGUUGUCUUCCAAUAGCAAAGACUCUCCCUUGCUUGACUUGGAGUCAGUGGUGCCUCCCACUCCUCCUGAAGCAAGUUCUGACUCUGUGGAUGAUACCUCUGUAAAUGUGGAGAGCCACACAACUAUGCCUGAGAGCGAUGACAGUCCAGUUGAGGAAGACGAAGAAGAAGACGAUAUCAAUUCGUAUGAUAUGGUGCAGUCAAGGGCAUACGAAAAGUUAUUGAUUGACCGUGUGGUGUGUAAAGAAACCGAAUCAUUAAGUGAAGAAUGUGAACAGGUCGCUUUGCUUGAAUUAGUUGCUCAAAAAGAACUUGUGAGCAAGUUGAGUUUAAGCGAUUAUACCCAUCAUGAUACAUCGGUUGACUAUCCGCGCAGCUCACAUACUGUAGAUGAGGAAUCUGGUUCUGACGAUGAUAUUCAGCCAAUUUGCUACUACUAUAAAGAUCCUAUGCUGAUCGACUCCAACCCUGAGGAUCAUCCUUCUGAACGUUUGCAAAAGCAGUAUGUUGGUUUAAUAUCUUAUGACUUGGAUGCCCUUCAGGAACGGAUGGAUCCUCACGAAUUGUUAGCUCAGCCGGUGUCUUCUUGGGAAUAUUCUUUCCCCAAUUCAAUUGAGUCUGAUGAAGCUAACGAAGAGGGGCCUGAGUUAUAA